CUCGUACCGCGGCCACAGCGGCAGCGGCGGGCGCGGAGGGGAGAGCACGGCAGGUUAAAACGACAAUCAGUGUUAUGGAGGAGGACUUAGAAGUGUUCCAGGAACAAGCGGUGACUAACUGGAGAAGUUGCUGAUAACUAAGACAAGACAUCUUAUUGCUUUGGCUAAUACUCACUGUUUCUAGCUACUCCAUGUGAAGCUGAACUUCAGGAAUUAGUGCAUCAAAUUGACAUCAUGGUAAACAGAAAGCAAGUAGAAUGGGAAAGAAAGAUGAGAGCUUUGGAAGCAAAGAUGGAUAUCCAGGAUCAAGAAUUAGCAAGUACCCAAAGCAAACUGGAUCAAAAAGGUCAAGAGGUGGGACUGCUUCAACAAGAAUUGGAAAACUUACAGAAAACUAAAAAUGAAAUGGCUCAGAGUUAUGAAACUCAGCUUCAAGCACUGAAAUCUCAAUUCUCAAAGUUGACACAUAGUUAUGAAAAGCUACAGUCACAUCAGUUAAAACAAAAAUACCUCAAAAGUAGAGAAAAAUGUGAGGAAAACCUGGAGACAUCAUCUGACCCUAGGAAUUUAUAUGUGAAACUGGAGGAAUUUAAGGCAAAAUCACAAGAAUGGGAGAAGAAUGGGACAACCUGUGAAAAUAACCCUGUUUAUGUAGAUAUGCAACCAAAAUUAUUGCCUGAGAAAUGUAAUUUACUUCAGAAGCAGACCCAAAAUUAUCAACUCCAAAUACACAAUAAGAAACAAAACCAAGAAGAGCUAAUUACCUAUACCCAGCCCAAAAGUGAAAACGAUGAUUUGAUUAUUGAAAAGCUAAAGUCGAUUGUGAAUGAAAUAACAAGAAACAAGGAUAAACUGGUAGAAGAAAAUAUGAAACUCCGUGAGGAUCUAAAAAUGUACCAAAAUCAGUGCCAGAACAUGGAGGCAGACGUCUCAGAAAUGAGAAAUGAGCUGCAGUCAAGGGAUGGUUUCUGGAGAAGGAUACAACAGGAAUGCCAAAAGUUGUAUACAGAAUUACUGAAAAUCAAAGGGUACAAUGAUAUUCAGGAAAUUCAAAUAAGGCAUCAAUCAUCUCAUGUUCAGCUUACUGAGCAACUAGAAAAUAAAAACACUGAGUUAUUGCUGUCUGCAGAAAGUGGAGAACACCAAGAGGAAAAGCUGAACAAGAUAAGAAACCAUGUUUAUCGAAAGGAGCAAUCCCAUUGCUUUGAGCAGGAAAGAAUGAAGACAGAAAUCUCUGACCUGACAGAGGAGCUUCAUCAGAAGGAGAUCACUAUAGCAACUAUCAUGGAGAAAGCUAGUCUUCUGGAAAGACAGUUAAAACUGGAGUUAGAGACAAAACACAAAUUGUUAACAAAACAACAGUUGCUGGAAUUCCAUUACCAAGUUAUCAAAUCUGAAAAUACACAUUUAAAAGAAAUGGUGGAAAACCAGGAAUGUGAAAGUUGCAUGUGUAUAGAUUUAUGUAACAAAGAACAUGGAAAUUUCACAGCUUCUGUUCACAAAAUGAAAUGUGAGAAUUUAAGACUACAAAAUAACCUUGUUAAACUACAAAAUGACACAGAACCAUCGAUAGUGAGCUGCAUGGAUACAUACAGGGAAGCCGAGCACAGCUACCAAACCCAUUCAAAGAUGCAAGAAAAGGAAGAGAGAUCUUUCCAAAAUAAAGAUUCAUGGGAAGUGGAAUGUCAACAGACUGCUGUGCUCACUGCUGGUGGAUACCACAGAAACGGCAGUCAAGCUUUGUAUGGCCAAGGCAAUAUCAGUGGUUCAAAAAGUGAUAGCACUUUAUCUUCUCAUCCACUUCACAGAGGUCAUGAAAAGAAAAUAGUUUAUAAAUCUCCAUUACCACCAGUGGGGUGUCCUUUGGGCUUUCCUGAGCCACUUCCUGAAGUGGGCAGAACAGGCAGCUUUCAGGGGCCUGCUUACAAUGCAGAAGAAAUGAAAUUAUCGUCUCUCCCUGAGAUGUCCUUCCUUGCAACAACAGAAAAGUUCCUUCAAGAGGAAGAGAAACAUGCUAGAGAUUUUGAAGAACAUUUAAAUUCACACCUUGAAGAGCUGCAAAGAUAUUCUGAAAAUACUCUAAAAAAAUAUGCCAGGAUGCAGCAAAACAGGCAUACUUAAGCCAGUCACACAAUUAAGAAAAGCAAACCAAGUAAUCACUCAUGAGUUUCUCAAACUAAAAUCUGCAACUAGCUGCUUAAUGUAUUUAGGCACAUUGCCAGUAAUGUUUAUUUGUAACACCAAGUUUUCAAGAAAAUCAUCAUUAUCCUACAGGUUUAAGUAUAUUGUAACUUGACUGUAUUAAAAAAUAAACUCUAAACACAUUCUAAAAUAUAGAGGUGGGUUUUGCACAGUUAAAUUGUGUGCAGCAGAGACCCUGUUGCAGCACUGUAAAUUAAGAUACUUACAAUUCUGUAAUGUACAGAGGGCUAAUAAGUGGAAUUAUUCCCUUGA